UAUAAGGACAGAUUGUGUAAUAUCUGUAUUUUCCUGUAGAGAGAGAGAAAUAUUUUGGAGAGAGAGAGGAAAGAACUUGUUGAAACUCGGCAACACUGCCAAAACCAUCAAACGCCGAUACAAACCUACAAUAACUCCCCUUCUAUUUCCUGUUGAUUUCUGGCAAACAUUAUCUUUGAAGCAAAUUCCACAAGUUUUAUAUUGGGGAUUUUUUCCAGAUCCUUUAAUUAUACAUGUAAAUUCCAGUGAAUGAAUUUCGAUUUAUCCACUCCGCGCUCCCUAAUUCCAAUCCAAUUUCCCCUAUUAAUCAAUUAAUCUCCAGACAGUAAUAGAGGCAAACAAUUCCUAUUUCCCGAAUUUGGCUUAAUUUUUUAUCGCGUGAGCUUUGCCCGAUUUCAAUAAUUGCUCGGAAAAUUAAUGCUUGAUCGACCGGCGGCAACUCGUCGAUGAGAAAUCGGAGAGAGCGAACUCUCCAAGACCUAUGCGAUGUCACUCCCACUCUAUAUCAGCCGCAGAUUACCCCCGUAUUGAGAGGAAACAUUAGGAUGCAAGGACCAAGUGAUGAAGCAAAUUGUGACUCACUAACCAAUAUGGUGACAUCUGAAAAUAGCAGCCAUUGCUCCGGUAGAAGCUCAAAGGACUAUCGAGGGAAGUCUGGGACAUGUAAUGUGUGUUCUGCUCCUUGCUCGUCCUGCUUUCAUGUUAAUAAGGCUCUACUAAAAUCAAACAAUGAGCGUGGUGGAGAAACCUGUACUGGGAAUACUGAAACUGGGCAACUAAGCAUACUGAGCACUGUUGGAGGCAUGGAUUCAACUGCUGAUUCUUUUUCUGGAAAUGCAGCAGGCAAGGCUUCCUCAAGGACUUCCAAUGCAUCCAAUGAUAGUAUGGUGCACUCAAAGUGCGACGGUCGGAGAUCUCCUGAAGGGCAUGAUGAUUGCUUGUCAUGUGUCAGUGGAACUGAUGAACAGUUGAAUAGAAAAUCUGAUACGGAGGAUAGUGGGAAUAAGUGUAAUAAGCAGAACACUGAAGAAAUUUCUAGGAAGAUGUCACCUAGUAGCUCACAAACUGGGACAUAUUCACAAAAUUCAGGCACAGUAGGAAUUUCUCUUACAAAAAGCACUGAUGAUGCUGCUGACUUACAGAAGGCUCAGAAUACCUCUGAAGCUUCUAAUGGCAAGAACCUACCACAUGAAGAAAGCCCAAUGAAUGUAAAUAAUGAUAAGCCUUCAGUUACUAAUGUUGAGAUUUUGAAGGGUUCAAUUGAGCAUUUAAAUUCAUCAUCACCUAAUGAUGCCUCUGACGAUGUUUGUGGCGAUCCUCCCAAAACGGAUCUGAAUUCCACUGAGAAGAAUGAUGACAUGGAGAUUGAACUUCAUCCUGCUGAUGAGAGUGACGACUCAGAUAUGGUGGAACAAGAUGUAAAAGUCUGUGAUAUCUGUGGGGAUGCAGGGAGGGAGGAUUUGCUUGCUAUAUGUUCUCGGUGCAGUGAUGGAGCAGAACACACAUACUGCAUGCGGGAAAUGCUGGAGAAAGUCCCUGAAGGGGAAUGGCUUUGUGAAGAAUGCAAGACAUUGGAGCUGGUAGGAAACGGAAAGCAAGAAAAGAUUGGAAGUAUGGAUGAAAAUGAGAAAAAUAAUUCAUCCGGCCGAGGAAGUGAAAAUUUAAACAACUCUGAUGCUGAGGGACACAGAACAAAAAGUUCUACAAAAAAUCCUUCUAAAAGGCUUAGAGAUGAUGAAGAUGCCGAAGUUUCUUCUAUUGCAAAAAAGCCUGCCCUUGAGUCGACAAUUGGGUCGCCAAAGACGUCCAAUUCCAAACUAGCUGUUCUUUCUCGCGAGAGUUCUUUAAAGAGCUUAGAUAAAGGAAGACUGUGGUCUUCAAAUCGUUCUAAUUUAGACACACUCCCAGUUAAUGAUGCUACAGAAUUGGCAAAGCCUGCUUUAGAUGCACGAGGGCUCAAUUUACGAGGUAAUUUCUUGAAAUCUAAUUCUUUUAACUCUCUGAAUUCAAAACCAAAGGUCAAGCUCGUAGAUCAAGUUGUUAUUCAGAGGCAGAAAUCAGCUAAGGAACAUGGUUCUUUCCGUCUUAAGGAGGGUGUAGUCAGAUCUAUAGGCAAAUCUAUGUCAUUUAGAUCUACAAAUUCCAAUCGUUCUGAAUCAAAAAUAAAGAUGUUAUCGCCUAGACCGUCAAACAUCCAGGACCUAAAAAAUACAAAAGAGAGGAGUGCGUUUGAACGGCAGCGCUCAUUCAGAACGGAACAUCUAUCAAAUAAUUCGGCAAUGGGUGCUUCCAUGAGUUUGACAUCACGAAUUGAUAAAAGACCAUCAUCCAGGGCUGAAUCAUCUUCACUUGCCUCCCCUACCAAUCACCAGGAGGUGAAACCAGUACAAACUGAUGGUAAAUCAGCAGCAUUAUCGAGGUCAUUGAGUCUUGCAUCUCGAAGGAAUGCAGAUUUACCCAGUACUACAGGUGAAUUUAAGAGACCAUCAAAACACGGCCAUAGUAUUCCUGUGCUUUCAUCAGCCAAUGGAGUUAAUAAUACUGAACAAAAACAUAAUCAGAUUAGCGUGAAGCAGGAUCCUGCCUCAUGUGGUGUUUCUGAAAAGUUGUCUGUUAGUGCUAGUGAAGGUGUAUCUGAUGGAUUAGUUCAGUCCAAGGAUUUAGCAAAUUCUGCUGACCGACCAAAGGAAUAUUCUGGAAGCCGUGUGGGCCCACCAUCUGUAAGGUCCUCAAGAGAUGAAAGUGACAACCUGAAAGCUGCAAUUGAAGCUGCUGUACUGAGGAAGCCAGGAGUCUAUAGGAAGCAUAGAGCUUCUGGCCAAUCUGAUGAGUCAUCCGUGCCAAUUGUGGCUUCUGUAGCUUCUAAUAUAGACCACAUGUCAAGUGCCAAAAGUAGAAAGUUAUCUUCUGAUGCGGAGCUAGCUGAGAGGCCUCCAGUAUCUUGGAAUUUUACUGCUGACCCUCUUAAAGAGGAAACUCUCAAUAGUGUAAAGCAGUCUUUGAUGGGUCGUGCAGAGGGUCUUUCUUCUGGAGUUCGAGAUGGUGUUCAUGUUGGCCUUUCCUCGCGAGAUGCACUCAGUAAUGUUCCAGCAGUAAUGCCUCUCUUGUUGAAAUCCAUAGCAAUCCCUGAGCAUGAAUAUAUUUGGCAAGGAAGUUUCGAGAUUUGGCGAAGUGGUCAAACACUUGAGUUGUGGGAUGGAAUUCAAGCUCAUCUAUCGACAUGUGCUUCACCUAAAGUUGUUGAAGCUGUAAAUAAAUUUAAUAAUAGAAUUGUACUCUAUGAAGUUCCUCGUGCAAGCACCUGGCCGGUUCAGUUUCAGGAAAAUGGUGUUGGAGAUGAUAACAUAGCCCUUUUCUUUUUUGCUAAAGACCUUCAUAGCCACGAGAAGAUUUACAAAGUUUUACUGGAUAAUAUGAUGAAGAAUGACCUUGCUCUUAAAGGAAAUAUUAACGGUGUUGAGCUCCUCAUAUUUCCUUCUAAUCAGCUUCCUGUUAACUUGCAACGGUGGAAUAUGUUGUUCUUCCUUUGGGGUGUUUUCAGAGGAAAGAAAGAACUUAGCCUGCGGCAAAUGCCUGAAUCCACAAUUGCACCUCGAGAUAUUCCCCCGCCAAUAAUGUCUUUGCCUGAGAAUAGAUGCUCGCUCAGGCCUAUCUCUGAGAAUGCAAGCCAAGAUGGACAUCCAGGGCUUAAAGUGCCUACUUCAGAAGAGUUACAGGGUUUAACUAGAGUUGUUAAAAGAGAUGUUACUAUGGAUAUACCUCCUUUGGAUCAGCUUGGACAUGGGCUAAAUUCUAGUUUGUCAUCUACAGUAAAAAGUGAUGGUGCAAAGCAAUGCGAAGAAGUGAGGGGUGCUUAUCAGGAAAGCGGCAUCAGUUCCAGUUGCAGUCCCCCUGUUGCCAUGACAAGUCCUGGUUCUGGAAGGGAGCAAAUGCUGAUGGAGCCGGACACUCCAGUUGGCAAUCCACAUUCACCACAUGAUUCCUGCAAAUCGGUGGCUGGUACCCCUAAGGAUGGCACGUGUGAAGGAGCUAUACUGGAGAAAACGUGUCAUCAAGAUGAGUUAAAGAUAAGAAUGGAUGCUAUAGAUCUAUCAAGAGAUGCAGAAAUGCCCAUGGACGAUGACAGGGGCAUUAAAGACCUAAACGUGGAGCCUGACAAAUGGCUCUUUAGCCAUAAAGAACCGAUGCUUCCUGGACCGUCGUCAUCUUUAGGGGAUCAUACUCUCUCUACUGGCACUGGUUAUGUGUCACCCAGAAAUCAUAAUAUGCACAAUGAAGCUGUCAGAACAAUUGAAAAAGUAAACCACAUUCCUACGGGCUCCUACGCACUGCAGAGCCAACAUGGUGAAGCUGGUGUUGGGACUGUCCCGAAAUACUAUGAACAUGGACAUGGUGAAAGGUACUUUUUCCCUGUGCAAUCACAGCCUGUGAAGGGCUCAACCUUAACCGAUGGAUCUAUGCCCUGGAAAAGGCAUCUGCUAGAUGAUGAUCGGCUGAGUGAUAAAGCACCGAAUCUAGAGCUUGCUUUAGGGGCAGAAAUAAAACCACUGACUUUGGGCAUUGAGCCGCUAUUGGUUAGUAAAAUAGACCAUAAAGUACACGAGGAACGUAUUCUCGAAGAGGCAAGGAAGAAGAAGAAGGCAGAGGAGGAUGUAUCGGCGUCCCUCUCCCUUUCUCUGUCUUUCCCCUUCCCGGAGAAGGAGGUGGAUGCUAGAAGUGAGCAGCAGCUCAUGUCUCAGAGGAAACAUGUGAAUACUUCUUCAAGGCUUCUCUUUGGAAAUUUGAGAGACAAUUAGAUAGUGUUGCGCUGAACUGGAAUCCAUAAUGUUGGUGCAGACAGGAUUAAUCUAUAAUUUUGUUAGGUAAUUUUCCUUCUCUUUAGUUUGCAACUCAAUAGUCCUAAACGGCUGGUUGUAUAUAUGUAGAGUAUAGUAGCCGUGACACUGUGUGAUAUGAAAUUUUUUCUCUCAGCAACUUGCUUUCUUCCAUUUUCA